AUGGUGUUUGCAGGACUCUUGGCGGCAUCUAGGGCCGAUCGCCUCGCUUCCCGCAGCGCCGCCGCUGCCGGCUCCAACCAACCGACGCGCCCACGCCUGUCCUCGCUGCGCUCGAGCGGCAGCUCCACAGCCACCGCCGCCGCCGCCAGCGCUAGCACCGAUGCCCCGUCCUCGGCCGGACCCUCGGCUUCGUCGCCAUCGUCCCAGCGCCAGGACCAACCCGGGCACGGACCCGAGCACAUCUCAGAUGAGUCCCAGCUGCGGCCCAUGCCCGACGAACCGCCGGACCUCCGGGAACUCAACAGCUGCCUCGACGCCCUCGCCGCCGUAUUCCCCGAUGUCCAGGUCGACGUCUUCCGCGAGAUGCUCACCAGCUUGGGGUCUGAAUCCCGCCUCAACGUCGUCGCCGACGCCCUGCUGAAGAAUCGCAUGUCCUGGGUCAAGGGGCGCUGGAAGGUGGCCGAUGCCGCAGGGACCAAGGGGAUAGCACCGCCACAUGCGCAUGUUCCCAGCGCUUCGACCAACGAGAAGGAUACAAGCCACGCGACGCCUGCUGAGCCGGAACGCGGCGCGAGCUCUUCCCUCGUCCCGACCAAGGAGCGUUUCCGCAGCGCCGCGUACAAGGAGGCCGUCAAGACACUGGCAUUCCAGGAGUUCAAGGGCCUUUCGCGGUCAACCAUCGCGGCCGUCCUCGCCGAGCAGAAUUACUCUUAUCUCGAGGCCCGCGAUACACUGGUCGAGAUAUCGUCCAAGUCGUGGCGCUUCGCCGUGACCUCGACCGUGACCUCCUUCUUUCGCAAGAAGCCGGCCCCCUCCCCGACGUCGGCCGAGGCGGCCAAGAGCCACCCGCUGGUCGUUUGGAAGUCGUCCGGGAAAGGCUCUAUACUGCCCACCAUCAAGGCUACGGGCAGCCCGGAGCUCGAUAGGGAGCUGUACGCCGGGAUCGUCGCCCCGCUGAAAAGCAAGGCGAGAAUCGCGCAGGAGGAGAAGGACCGCGUGCUGGCCAUCGUGCUCAACACGGAGGAGGCCGAGGAGACGGGAGCGACGCACGAGUGCGCGUGCUGCUUCACCACGGCCACCUUUGAGGAGAUGACGACUUGUAACACGGGCGACCACGUGCUCUGCUUCCGUUGCGUCCAGCAUUCCAUCUCCGAGGCCGUCUUCGGGCAGGGGUGGCAGCGGAGCAUCGACAGGGAGCUGGGCACGCUCCGGUGCCCCGCUGUUGACGCUGACGAGUGCCCCGGUUGCAUCCCCGUGGACCAGAUGCACCGCGCCAUGCUGGAGGAGAGGAACGGGGCCGAGGUCCUUCACAGGCUGGACCAACGGCUUGCCGAGCACACGCUAAUAGCGUCGGGCCUGCCCCUGGUCCGCUGCCCUUUCUGCAGCUACGCCGAGGUCGACGACCUGUACCUGCCGGCGCGCGAGGCCGAGCUCCGCCUCCGUGCUGACGGCAUCCUCAACCUGGCGUUCCUACUGCUCUGCAUCGGCGUCGUCCCGUUCCUGCUACCCGCGCUGCUGCUCCUGUCCUUCGGCUGCUUGGUGCUCACGUCGCAGCGGGCGCCCGGCGACCGGCUGGCGUCGGAGCUCCGGGCCGCCAUGGCACGGCACCGGCGGCGGCGGCGCGGCCUCAAGUUUGUGUGCCUGCAGCCAUCCUGCGGGCGGACGUCGUGCCUGUCGUGCGGCAAGGCCUGGGCCGACAUACACGUGUGUCACGAGUCGGCGCUGGUGGCGCUGCGCACGCAGGUGGAGCAGGCCAUGAGCAUGGCCAUCAAGCGCGUGUGCCCGCGCUGCAACACGUCCUUCGUCAAGACGGCCGGCUGCAACAAGCUGACGUGCCCGUGCGGCUACAAGAUGUGCUACGUCUGCCGCAAGGACAUUGGCGGCGACGGUGGCGACGGCGACGGCGCCGACGUCGGCUACCGCCACUUCUGCGACCACUUCCGCCCCGAGGGCGACCCCCGCCCCUGCGACCAGUGCAGCCGCUGCAACCUCUGGGAGUCGGAGGACACGGAGGAGGUGCUGCGCGCCGCCAGGGACGAGGCCGAGCGCAAGUGGCUCGAGGCCGAGGCCGGCGCCGCCGCGUCCGAGGGCGCCGCGGCCCUGCUGGGCCCCGCCAGGGACAGGUAUCGUCUCGGCGUCGCCGCUCUCUUUCGCUCUGGUUGUCCGACGCUGGCGCAGAUUUGCGACGUCGUCGUCAAUACCCUUUUUGAAUGGGAUAAGGACUGGAAGUUCGCCCUGACAGCCCCGGGGCUUCGGGAGCGGUGA